AUGGGGAGAAUUAAGAAGGUGGCUAGCCAAAAGCACGAGGCUACAAUUUCACCUUUCUUGGGGAAAUUAAUAGGACGUGCGACUAGUCUUCCCGUUGCAGAGCUUCCUUCACUCCUAACCACGUUCCCCCGGUUAUGGCCUUUCCCUCGCGGCGAUCUAUACCAUUGGAUCAAUGUCUUGGACCGCUUCGAUGAGAUUCUGGCCUCCGUCAUCGACAAAUACUUCCUCAACAUCGGCCCUCAGACGCAAUCAUUCAGUCGAAGCGUUCUGGAGGAGUCAUAUGCCGCCGACCCGACCAAGACACCAGCAGAGGGCAUCGAUGCUAAGCUGAAUAGUUUGGGAUACGGACCCGAUGGAGACCGACAGUUGGUGGAGGCGAUUCUAGAUUUCUCGCGUCUGCUUCUCGAGAAGUGUGGCAACCGCAGUCUUUAUAGCAGCAGUGAACGUCUGGGCGACCUUUUGAACACUACCUCCCUGUCCCUCCUCCAAUCGACCCUGCGCCUGUCCCUUUGCCUGGCCCAGAGAUACCACUCCCGCCAACGGGGGUCCCACCAACAGAGUCUGUUGGCAAAUCAUUACAAUAUCGACUUGGAGAAGCUCCAGAAGAUCGCAGCCCCGUUCCCGCGCCCGUUCAUCGCGGGUAAAACGCCAUUUGCUGCAUCUCCCGCUGUUUCGGGCAAAGGAACAGACAAUGCCAUCCACACCAAACUGAAUGCUAAUGACCUCGUCUCGAUUGUUCGCGAUAACGAGGCCUGGGAAGAAUGGGGUAACGUUCGUGUCCUGUACUAUCCUUCUGGCUCCUCCGAGGAGACCCGCUCGACAUCCGAGUUUGGACAGGCAGACAUAGCCCCUCACGCGCCGACUACACCCACCCCUCUCCGGCGUAGUGCCACGCAUCCGACUCCGCGAUCAAGCCGCGCAUCUAAUGUGGACGAAUCUCCUGUAGUCGCGCCUAAUUCCGUCGGAAAACCGGAUGAGCCGUCUCGCGGUGGGAAAGUCCUGGACCUGCCAUUCUCGAAAGUUUCUUCAGGCAAAGCUGAAGAUCUCCUGGCCACUAACCUUCCAAAUCUGCCUCUUGAGUCGAAGUAUGAGCUGCUACACAAGGUUCGAGUUGCGCAGGCUUUGACCGAGUCGCGUGCUUCUCGUGAACAGAUCCUUGCCAUUCGGAUCCUCGCCGUGACAAACCUUGCAUACGUCAACUCCGAAUCCACAUUCCAGCAGAAGGUUCUUCAAUAUGACAUGGAACAAUCAAAACGUCUUCAAUUGACCUACCAGUUGGCCGACCUCGUUCAUCUAGGCGCUAGUGGCGACCUUGAAGUAUCGAGAACGGUGCAGGCCUUGGCUCUUCAGGCGCUGGAUGCACUUGCCAAACACAAAUGUCGCGCCAAUGACGUCUGUGCUGCACUGAGUGUCAAUGUCAAUCACGGAGUCCUGUUGUUCCUGACCCGCAAGUUCGUCAAUGAACUGGGCGCCGAGGAGGAUCACACGAAUGAUCCUUAUCAGGAUGAAUGGAGAGAUGCACUGCUCGGUCUUUUACGCACACUUCCGAGCUCAAGCUCCCGAACUCCGGAGACGCUCGUCGCCGCGGGUCUCAUCCCUAUGUUCGUGGACAUCCUCAACCUUCGAACAGAGAAAGCUCGUCGGGUUUACUCGCGGAUCAUGGAAUUCCUUGACACCUUUGUUCAUGCCGUCCGUGAAACAUUGGGUAAUUUGACUGCGUCCAAGGGCUUUGAUGCUAUCUCUGAUCUGAUCGACUACGAGACUAAGACUGCAUUUGAGAAGGUCUCUCGUGGAGAUGGAUUCCCUGCUCAGUACAAGAACCCGUCGAUCGAUUAUCAGAUCCCCUACUUCCAACAGCAGACAUUGCGAUGGAUGUUCCGCUUUGUCAACCAUAUCAUGCAGCACAACGGUGGUGGGUUUGACCGCGUGCUGCGCAACCUCAUCGACUCCCCUCAGCUGCUGACAUCUUUGCGGCUGGUCUUUGAGAACUCUCGCGUUUUCGGUUCGCACGUCUGGAGCAAUGCCGUGAACAUUCUUAGCAGCUUCAUCCACAACGAGCCAACGAGCUAUGCGGUCAUCGCUGAAGCUGGUCUCAGUCGAAGUCUGCUGGCCGCCGUCAUGGGUCGCGAGCUCCAAGCCAAGGAGAAGCCGGCUGCUGUGGAACCCCAGGUUGCCGAACCCCAAGAAGGCGAGGCUUCUAGUCAAGCGCCCAUCGCCGUGCCUACUACCCCUGUCGAUGAAAAGAAGAAAGGUCGAGAAUACCUUCUUGCUAGACCCAAGGAUUCUCCUCUCGCGCCAGGAAUUAUCGCAGCGGCUGAUGCCCUUGCCUGCAUCCCCUCAGCAUUCGGCGCUAUUUGCUUGAACUCCUCAGGCUUGGACCUUUUCCAGUCAUCUGAUGCUCUCGAAAGCUUCUUCGAAAUUUUCGAGAACCCGGAGCAUGUCAAGUGCCUAAAGGAUGAUCCCAACUUGGUCCGUUCUCUUGGUACAACCUUUGAUGAACUAGUUCGUCAUCACCCAGCCCUGAAGACCUCUAUCAUGACUGCCGUUCUUGUAAUGGCUGCUCGGGUCAACCUCCUCGGCAAGGUCAAGGCCUGGGAGCUGGGUAUGGGCACUAAGCUUUGGCAAGAGGACUCUGAUGGUCAAGUCGUGCUGUCUGGAGAUGUCUUUUCUCUUUUCCGUGAGAUUGGUACUGCCGGUGAUGCGUCGACGGAAGAUCUGAUGGCUGUUGGCGUACCCCAGCUGAAUGCUCAUUCUCUUCCAAACGGUGGAAAGCUUGUCCUGGGCGAUGUCAACCAGCUGCUUCCGUCGCCGCAGGCUGACUUCGAGCCGAAGGACAAGGAUGAUCAUGGUCUCACUGUCACAGACUAUCUCUUCCCUGCCAUUCGAUUCCUGGGCGCCUUUUUCGAAAAUCAGCCGAAUUGCUCCUCUUUCAUUCUCGCUGGCGGAGCAGAGUUCGUUCUGGACUAUGCUACUCUUCAAAGCUUGUCGUUUGACUUCCACAACACGGAUGCCAAUCAAGAACUAACAGUACUGGUGCACAUGCUUGCUGAAACGAAGCCGCACUUGAUCAUCCCAUCCCUCAUGCACCGUGCCCACUCGGCAGUCAACAACCUUGAGGCCUUCUGGACUGCGCCCAAAGAGUCUGGGUUCUUCACGCCGCUGGUCAAGCCAACUGACUCGAAGGCGCCGGCACCAGAACCCACCCCAGCUGUCAACCAUGGCACCUCCUUUGUCAAGCAUAUGAACGCCGUUCUUGUCCUCACGGAUUUGCUUCGCGAGAUCUAUGCCAUGCCUCUGUACCAGACGCGGUCGGCGACACAGAGCUAUCCCUUCAGCCAGGUUGUCCUUGCAGACAAAUAUGCUACCCUUGUCGCUUCUCUUGGCAAUCUCCAUGCUGCUUGCGUUUGGGAAGAAAUCAUGCUCGAGAAGAAUAUUCCCGAGAAAUGGCUGCAAGCUAUGAAGAAAACACCAGAGAAGCCCGGCUCCAACCCUAUGGCUGCAUUUAUCCAGGCCCACUCAUCUGAAGUUACUCAGGCCGGAGGCUCGAGUGCAGCCGAGGCUAGCAAGGCCCUUGUCGCAGAAGAGCCUGAAACAGAGGAGAGCAAAGCGGCAACAGAGCGAAGUGCAGCUUUCAAGAAUGUUCAAACUCUCCGUUAUCUUUUGAGCUCCCUGCCUACUUCUAUUACCGGCUUCUUCCACAACCUGGGUCUCGGUCUUAUUACUCGAAAGCGGAUGGAGAACAGCCAUACAGCCAGGCAAAACUCCAACAUGGUGGCUGAUGCUAUUGCUGACGCUGUCCUUUGCGAGCUUCAAUUUGGACCUGCGAAUUCGUGUGACAGCUCAAAACAUCGCUUUGCCUACCUCAUUGUCAUUCUUUCCUCGUUCUCGCAUCUUCUCUAUGAGGUCACUCACGACCGUCCCUCAAAUAACUACCUCACCCUCGUCCUCCUUGCAUUCAAGCGAAACAAUGGGCUGAAGGUUUUGAAGGAUAUUUGCGACGUCUUCAUGCGCGAAGUCAAGGCUCUUGAGCCGAUUCAGAACGAUCCCGAGAAGGCCGACAAAGAGUUGGCUGACCGACUUACCUCCGCCUACGGUGGAAUCAAGAUUAUCCUUGCGCUGUUCUCCGAACUUGCCGCCGGCAAAAGCAUUAUGGAGUCCAACCAGACACAGGCCCUCACAAGCCACCAUGAUCGUGAGCGUGACCGCCAUGAUUAUUUCCAGGCUGGCCAAUUCAUCGUGGAUCUUCGCAUGGAAAUCCUUCCCAUGGCCCAGGACAUGUGGAACUCGGAUUUUGCGACUCAGUCAUCAAGCCAAAUUGUCAAGUGUUUGGUUGAGAUCCUUCGAUCGUCUUUGGAUGGAGAGCACGAGCAAGGUGCCGCACACAAGUCAGAUAUCGCUCCUGCUGUAACGGAACCUGUCAAGAAGCCCUUCAUGAUCAACAAGGACAGGCUAGCCAUCCUGACCGGAAAGGGGUUCGAAGACUCUGAGCUGAACCACGAGGCUUUGUAUCGUUGCAACAACAAUAUUAAUUAUGCAGAGGAAUACUGCAAUGCCCGGACAUUCCUGCGUUCUCCUCCUAGGGUCCCUCCUGGCCCUGGUGAUGUUCAGACCGGCCCGCCCGAGGCUGCUUCUAGUGCCGAGGGCCCCGAAGACAACGGUCUCGGCGAUGUUACGCCUCUCGACCGGGGUCUCUUAGAGCAGGGCGGUCUUGCUAUGAUCUUGGCUCAGGCGGGACGUCCUGUGCAUGAUCCUACGAAUGAUGACGACGAUUCCAGUGCCAUGCGCGACGGCCUGGCUCGUGCGAUCUCCAAUGUUCUGAACGAUGAAGAGGGCAUGCUUCGCGGCGAAGAUGGGCCUCUUUUCCUCACGGAGCGUGAGCGCCAGCGCCAGCGCCGUCGACCCCAGGCAAACAGCGAGUCCGCCGAUCAACAAUCUUCGAGAGCCAAUCCAUCUCAGAGAGAGGACCAGAGAGAGGAGCCAGUCGAACGGCGCCCGCUGGUCACCAUCGAGGAUUUGAACGCUGAGAGAGAGAAGGUCCGAGCUAAUCUCAUCGAGCGAUCCCUGGAUGUUCUGAACGAGCACCACGACGUAUCCUUCGAGCUUGCCGACUUGAUAAGCUCCGCCAUCAAGAAUCACCCUGAGCCCGAUAGCUUCCGACGGGAUAUCGGGGAGACCCUUGUUCAGUCCCUCGUUUCUUUGCAGAUGGAAAACUUCCAGACAGCUGGCAAGAAGGUGGCUGCCUAUGCUCACAUUCUGGCUUUGGUUCUUCAGGAUCCGAAGAUGUACACUGCGACUCUGGAGGAGCUGAAGGAUUGCUUCUCGACAUUCCUAAGUUUCAUCAAGCUUCCCACACCCGAGAAGUCCGCGGGCGAAUCAUUCCCAUGGAUCGGUCACGUCUUGCUCAUUUUGGAGAAGCUGCUAUCUGAUGAUUGUCAACCGCCGCAAAUCACAUGGUCUCCGCCCAGUCUCGACGAUCCCCACGGCGGCAAUUCCGGCCCCGCUCAUCUUGCAGAGCCCCUUGUCCCUCUCGAGCAGAAGACGGAGCUUUUCGAGGCUCUGGUGGAAAUCCUUCCUCGUAUUGGCAAGGAUGAUAGCCUCGCGCUUUCCGUCUGUCGAAUUCUGGUCAUUCUCACUCGCGAACGCAGCAUCGCCGUUCGUUUCGCGCCCAAGCGAAACUUGCAGCGCCUGUUCCUCAUGGUCAAGCAAUUGGCCAACGCAACCAACGACAAGCUGCAAAGUGCCUUUAUGUUGAUCUUGCGACACAUUGUCGAAGAUGAAGCUACGAUUCGACAGAUCAUGACCGCAGAGAUCGUGGGGAAUUUCGAGAGUAAGCCCUCUCGCCAGAUCGACGCUGCUGGCUACGUGCGACAGAUGUAUCAUCUCGUUCUGAGGAACCCCGAGAUCUUUGUCGAGGUCUCCAACGAGAAGUUGCGCUUGGUCCGGUAUGAUGCCAGUCACCGCACACAAGCUCUUGCGUUGAAGGAAGACCGUAACGCUCGCCAACGUCAAGACAAGGAAGACAAGCCCACUGAGUCAUUCGCCGCGGAAGCGUCGUCGGCCGCAGAGGACAAGGAGAAGGAGAAGGCCGCCGAGAUGAAGCCUCCUGUGGUGGAGAACCCAGACGGUGUCAUUCACUACCUGCUGUCUGAACUCUUGUCUUACAAAGAUGUGGAUGACAAAGAGCCUCCAACGACCGAGUCCACUGAACAACCCGCUCUGGAAAUGUCUGCUGAACUCCAAACAGAUGUUGAGAUGGCCAUGGACGAGCCCACUCCAUCGGUGACCAGCAGUGCCGAUGCUCAGACCAGUCGUGCCCCUAAGAAGAGCGAGAAGCCGUCAUUCGAGGCUGAGCAUCAUCCGAUCUACAUUUACCGAUGCUUCCUUCUUCAAUGCCUGACUGAGCUUUUGGGUUCCUACACCCGAACCAAGGUCGAGUUCAUCAACUUCUCGCGCAAAGCCGAUCCGCUUGCUAGCACUCCUUCCAAACCCCGAUCUGGCAUUCUCAACUAUAUGUUGAACGCGCUCGUUCCGAUUGGUACCAUGGAACAUGACGAGUCUUUGGCUUUCAAGAAGCGCAGCAUCACUUCUACCUGGACCAUGCAGGCUCUCGUGGCCCUCUGCACCAAAACGUAUGAAUUGCCUGGCUCCAGACGUCGCAAUGAGCCGAAACCAACGGAAGACGAUGAGCCUGAAGUGGCAUUUGUUCGCCGCUUUGUCUUGGAGCAUGCUCUGCGCUCUUUCAAGGAAGCUAAUGCAUCGACGGAACCCCUUGACGUCAAGUAUGCUAAGUUGAUGUCGUUGGCCGACCUUUUCGACAAGAUGCUUAGUGGAUAUUCCUUCUCCCAGGAUGCUGGCUUUCCCAACUCAGCAAGACAGAUCGCCAAAGCCAUGUUUGAGAAACACUUCAUUCCUGCGUUGACCGCCUCUGUUGCCGAGAUUGACUUGAACUUCCCCUCAUCUAAGCGGGUUAUUAAGUAUAUCCUGCGACCGAUCAACAAGCUCACACAAACUGCGGUGAUGCUUAGUGACAGCGGGGAAAUUUCUACGGCUAGCUCUGGUGACACUGAAGAUGAUGAAAUCUCUUCUGCCACCUCCGUCUCGGACAUGGAAGACGAGCGGGAGGAAACUCCUGAUCUUUUCCGCCAUUCUACCCUUGGUAUGCUGGAGCCCCGCCACGAGGAGGAAACCAGCUCGGAGGAAUCCGAGGGUGAAGAUGAUGAAAUGUACGAUGAUGAAUACGAUGAUGAGAUGGACUAUGAUGAGGACGUUCCUGAGGACGAUGGUGAAGUCGUUAGUGACGAAGAAGAUGACGUGGAUGGCGUCGGUCCCAUUGAAGGUCUUCCUGGCGAUGCAGUCGAAGUCAUCAUCGAUGAUGAGGACGAUGAGGACGACGAUGAGGAUGAGGAUGACGACCACCUUGAUGAUCACUCAGACAUGGAGGAAGACGAUGAUGUCAUAUAUGCUGGCGAAAUCACCGGCGACCGCGACAACGAAAGCCUUGACGACGGCGAAGAUGACGAGUGGGAGAGCGACGAGAUUACCGAGGACGAAGAAGAGGCCGAGAUGAUGAAUCAGUUCCAAGAUGAGCUGGCUGACAUGCGUCAAGCCAAUCGGCCCGGUGAUGCACACAACCGCAUUGACGAGCUUUUCCGUGCUCUCAACCAAGCUACAGGUGACGAUGAUCUACAUGACCAUGGCGUGGGAGGUCAGAUCCCAGACCAUUUUGACGAGGAGAUGCUCGAUGAGUUGAACGAGAUGGGCGACGAGGACGAGAUGGACGAGCUUGAGGAAGAAGCCGAUGAUUACGAUGAGUACGACAUGGAUCAGGGCUCUGAGGGCGACAUGGAAGAUGACGACCUUCUUGAGCCUUGGGGCUGGGAGGGUGAUGAGGCCCCGCCACCUCGACACCAUCACCAUCGCAUGCGUGGUGGCCCUUCUGCAUGGGCUGCAGUCACUGAAAUCAUGCCCGGCCGUCAUGGUGGCCUCGUUCCAAUUCAGCCAUUCCACCGGGUUCACAGAAACCAGGUGCCCUCUCGCGGUAACGAUGAUGGAACUAACCCUCUGCUUGUCCGAAACGGAGGAGUUGCUGACCCUCAUGCUAUGCGGGGGACCGGUACUGACAUGUUCACUGACUGGGCUCAACUUGAGGGCGGCGGUAGUCGUUUUGUUCAAUUGGACAGCCCAAUGAGCUUCAUGAACGCUAUUAUGGCUGCCAUUGGUGGAGGACCACAAGCCCCCGGAUUGGGUGUUGUUACUCGCCCAGAUGGUAUACAUGUUCACGUUGACCGACGAACAAUUCUUCCUAACCGUCUCAACGACUUGUUCGCCAACGCCCAGCAACAGACAUCGCAAUCCCGCCGCAAUGAUCCCCACAAUGCUGUCAAGUUCAAUUUGUCGACCACUAGAAACCGUUGGCAGGAAGAAGCUCGCAUUCUGUUCAGCGGUACCUAUUCGGAGAACUCGAUGCGAGUUAUCAACUCGUUGCUGAAAGUCAUGGUCCCUCCUGCCAUUGAGGAAGAGAAGCUGCGCAAGAAGCAACUUGAAGAAGACCGGAAGCGUGCCGAUCAGGAACGGGUUGAGAAAGAACGUAAGGAGCAGGCUGCUCGUGAAGAAGAAGAGCGCGAACGCAAGCGCAAAGAGGAAGAGGAGAAUGCGCGCCGCCAGGCCGAGAGAGAACAGCAAGAAACAGAGCGUCAGGCUGCGGGAGUUGCUGAGCCUAUGGAAGACAUCCAGCAGACCGAUGCGGCAGCUGAAGCAGCCACUACUGCUCAGCCUGAAGCUGCCCCUGCCGAACCGGUUCAACGCGUCUAUACUACUAUCCGAGGUCGGCAGCUUGAUAUCACCGGCCUGGAGAUCGACCCAGAGUACCUGGAGGCGCUACCAGAGGAGCUGCGGGAGGAAGUGAUUAUGCAGCAACUUGCCGAGCAGCGAUCUCAAGCUGCUGCCGCCGGCGAGGAACCCACCGAGAUCAACCAGGAGUUCCUGGAAGCCUUGCCCGCAGAGAUCCGCGAAGAGUUGCUACAGCAGGAAGCCGCUGAUCGGCGCCGACGAGAACGUGAGACUGCUCGUCGACAGGCAGCUGCUUCUGGUGGUCCCCAGCCACGUGCCGAGGAGAUGGAUGCUGCUAGUUUCCUCGCUACCCUUGACCCUUCUCUACGCCAAGCUGUUCUCGCGGACCAGCCCGAGGAUGUACUUGCAACCUUGGGUCCUGAAUAUCUGUCCGAGGCUCGCGCUUUGGGUGGCCGCCGCAUUGCUCAAUUCGGCGACAUCACCGCAGCUGGAAUGGACCAUCGCCCUAGAGGCGAAGCUGCUGGAGAUCUGGAUUCUAAGAAAAACCAGAGACGUCCAGUGGUCCAAAUGCUGGACAAGGCCGGUGUUGCAACUCUACUUCGCCUGAUGUUCAUGCCCCUACAGGGUAACGCACGUCAUUUGCUGAACGACAUUCUUCACAACGUUUGUGAGAAUCGCCAGAACAGAAGCGAGGUGAUUAGCCUGAUUCUGUCCGUCUUACAAGAUGGCAGUGUUGAUUCUUCCGCUAUCGAGCGAAGUUUCUCGCACCUCUCUCUCCGUGCGAAGGCCCCUAACGCUCAGAAGACUCCCCAGUCUGUCAAGCGCAACAUCUCUCUGCAGCCAUCUUCGAGUAUCAGCAGCGAGGUUACCCCGAUCAUGGUGGUGCAGCAAUGCUUGGCAACACUUUCCUUCCUCUCCCAGUUCAAUCCCCAUAUUCCUUGGUUCUUCUUGACCGAGCAUGAUUCGGCUUCGUCUCUUAAGCUGAAGGCUCUCCGCAAGGGCAAGGGCAAGGAGAACCGCGCCAACAAGUUCGCCCUCAAUGCUUUGCUUUCUCUUCUUGAUCGCAAGUUGAUCAUGGAUAGCCCGAACUGCAUGGAGCAGCUGUCUAACCUAUUGAGCACCAUUACCCAGCCGCUCACCGUUCUCCUCCGCCGCGAAAAGGAGAAGCAAGACGGGCAAGACGGGCAAGACAAGGGCAAGAAGCCAGAGGGCGCGCCAGCUGAGGCUGGUCAAUCAACCGCUGCUGCCGAGUCUGGUACUGAUACUACCAUGACCGACGCUCCUCUGCCAACCGUUGAGAAUGCUGAGGAUCAAGGUACCACUGCCGAAGGCGAAGCGGACAAAGAUGAUAAGAAGACUGGCGACGAGCAGCCUGCCGAGGAGAAGCGCAAGCGCCGAUCUAUUGAGCCUCCAGUCGUUCCAGACCACAACUUCCGACUGGUUGUGCAUAUUCUUGCGGCUCGUGAAUGUAAUGGAAAGACCUUCCGUGACACUCUGUCUACCAUCAACAACCUGUCGAUCAUCCCUGGAGCUCGGGAUGUCAUCGGCGAGGAGCUGGUUGCUCAAGCGCAGACUCUUAGCGAUACCAUUCUUGCCGACCUUGGAGAACUUCUUCCCCAUAUCCACCAGGCUAAGACUGGCACUGAUAUGCAAGGUCUGGCUCUGGCCAAGUUCUCCCCCGCCAGCUCCGACCAGGCUAAGUUGCUCCGCAUUCUCACGGCUCUCGACUACCUCUUCGAUCCUUCGCGCAUCGACAAGUCCAAGGUCCCAGAACCCGAAGCCGCACCCAAGGAGGACGUGCUUAAGAGACUGUAUGAGAGUGCUACUUUCGGCCCCCUGUGGACCAAGUUGAGCGACUGCUUGACUGUUAUUCGCCAGAAGGAGAACAUGCUGAACGUAGCUACCAUUCUCCUGCCGUUGAUCGAAGCAUUGAUGGUUGUCUGCAAGAACACCACCCUCAAGGACCAGCCACUCUCUCGUGGUAGUCGCGAACUAUCUGUCAACAGUGCAUCUGCCGAUGCUGGUGUGAGCAUGGAAAACCUUUUCUUCAAGUUCACCGAGGAGCACCGCAAGAUACUCAAUGAGCUCGUCCGCCAGAACCCUAGGCUGAUGAGUGGUACUUUCUCCCUGCUCGUGAAGAACCCCAAGGUUCUGGAGUUUGACAACAAGCGCAAUUACUUCACUCGUCGUGUACACUCUCGCGGUGCGGAGCCUCGUCACUCUCAUGCUCCUCUUCAACUCUCUGUUCGCCGAGACCAGGUCUUCCUUGACUCCUUCAAGUCACUGUACUUCAAGAGUGCAGAUGAGCUCAAGUAUGGCAAGUUGAACGUACGAUUCCAUGGAGAAGAAGGUGUGGACGCCGGCGGUGUGACCCGUGAAUGGUUCCAGGUCCUCGCUCGUGGCAUGUUCAACCCUAACUACGCACUCUUCAUCCCUGUUGCUGCCGAUCGGACUACGUUCCACCCCAACCGUCUCAGUGGUGUCAAUUCCGAGCAUUUGAUGUUCUUCAAAUUCAUUGGACGGAUCAUCGGCAAGGCCUUGUACGAGGGUCGCGUUCUGGAUUGCCACUUCUCUCGUGCUGUCUACAAAUGCAUUCUUGGACGUACUGUGUCUAUCAAGGAUAUGGAGACUCUUGAUCUGGACUACUACAAGUCUCUUCUUUGGAUGCUGGAGAAUGAUAUUACCGACAUCAUCACCGAGACCUUCGCUAUCGAGACCGAUGCCUUUGGCGAGAAGCAGGUGAUCGACCUGAUCCCCGAUGGUCGCAACAUUCCAGUAACCCAGGAGAACAAGGAAGAGUAUAUCCAGCGUGUGGUCGAGUACCGGCUGGUGGAGUCUGUGCGGGAGCAGCUAGACAAUUUCCUGAAGGGCUUCCACGAGAUCAUUCCCCCAGACCUGAUUUCCAUUUUCAACGAGCAGGAAUUAGAGCUUCUGAUCUCCGGUCUGCCUGACAUUGAUGUGGACGAGUGGAAGAACAAUACCGAGUACCACAACUACUCUGCCUCCUCGUCGCAGAUCCAGUGGUUCUGGCGUGCUGUUCGCUCCUUUGACAAGGAAGAGCGUGCCAAGCUGCUCCAGUUCGUCACUGGUACCUCCAAGGUCCCUCUCAACGGCUUCAAGGAGCUUGAGGGUAUGAAUGGUGUGAGCAAGUUCAACAUCCAUCGCGACUAUGGCAACAAAGAUCGCCUUCCUAGCGCACACACAUGCUUCAACCAGCUCGAUCUUCCUGAAUAUGAAAGCUAUGAAGAUCUCCGCCAACGCCUCUACACCGCGGUGACGGCUGGUAGCGAGUACUUCGGUUUCGCAUAG